AAAAAGGGAAUGGGCGCACGGAGAUUCAGCAUCUGUACCAAGCGAUGAAGGUUGUGUAAGACAUCUACUGUAUUAUCUUGAAAAUCAGGAAUAAGAAGAGCCGCUGUCAUCAUGUAUGGCUUUGUGAAUCACGCCUUGGAGCUGCUUGUUUUGAGAAAUUACGGCCCAGAAGUGUGGGAAGACAUCAAGAGGGAGGCUCAGCUUGAUGUUGAGGGUCAGUUCCUUGUUAGACUCAUAUAUGAUGACUCCAAAACAUACGAUCUUGUCGCCGCCGCCAGUAAAGUUCUGAAGAUCAAUGCCGGUGACAUUUUGCAGAUGUUCGGGAAGAUGUUUUUUGAGUUUUGCCAAGAAUCGGGAUAUGACACCAUCUUGAGGGUUUUAGGAUCUAAUGUCCGUGAAUUCCUGCAGAAUUUGGAUGCUCUUCAUGACCACCUGGGCACUAUUUAUCCUGGGAUGAGAGCUCCUUCCUUCCGCUGCACCGAUGCAGAGAAGGGGAACAAUCUGAUCCUUCACUACUACUCCGAGAGGGAAGGCCUUCAAGACAUUGUGAUCGGCAUCAUUAAAACGGUCGCCCAACAAAUCCAUGGGACAGAGAUAGAGAUGAAGGUAAUCCAACCAAAAAGCGAGGAGUGUGACCACAUCAAGUUCCUGAUUGAGGAGAAGGACUCCGAGGAGGAGGCUUUCUACGAGGACCUGGAUGGCUUUGAGGAGAAUGGCACUCAGGAGACUCGGAUCAGCCCUUACACGUUUUGCAAGGCCUUUCCAUUCCACCUCAUGUUUGACAAGGAUCUGGUGCUCACGCAGUGUGGAAAUGCCAUUUAUCGUGUGCUGCCUCAGCUCCAGCCUGGCACCUGUAACCUGCCUUCGGUUUUUUCCUUGGUGCGUCCUCACAUUGACUUCAGUUAUCAUGGCAUCCUGUCACACAUCAACACCGUCUUUGUGCUGCGAAGCAAGGAGGGCCUGCUGAAUGUGGAGACUGUAGAGAACGAGGAUGAGCUGACAGGGGUGGAGAUCAGCUGUCUGAGGUUGAAAGGACAGAUGAUUUACUUGCCAGAGGCUGAGAACAUCCUUUUUCUCUGCUCACCCAGUGUUAUGAACCUGGACGAUCUCACACGGAGAGGGCUGUACCUGAGCGACAUACCGCUGCAUGAUGCCACACGUGACCUGGUGCUGCUAGGCGAGCAGUUCCGCGAGGAGUACAAGCUGACCCAAGAGCUGGAGAUCCUGACAGAUCGUCUGCAGCACACACUGCGAGCCCUGGAGGAUGAGAAGAAGAAGACAGACAGAUUGCUCUAUUCGGUUCUCCCCCCGUCUGUGGCCAACGAGCUGCGACACAAACGACCGGUCCCGGCAAAACGCUACGACAACGUAACCAUCCUUUUUAGUGGCAUCGUGGGAUUCAACGCCUUCUGCAGCAAGCACGCCUCAGCCGAGGGAGCCAUCAAGAUAGUCAAUCUGCUCAAUGAUGUUUACACACGAUUUGACAUCUUGACAGACUCUCGGAAGAACCCUUAUGUGUACAAGGUUGAAACGGUGGGUGACAAGUACAUGACAGUGAGUGGCCUCCCGGAGCCGUGCACACACCACGCCCAGUCAAUCUGCCACCUCGCUCUUGAUAUGAUGGAGAUUGCCGGACAGGUCAAAGUGGAUGAUGAGCCAGUACAGAUUACUAUUGGGAUCCACACAGGAGAAGUGGUGACGGGGGUGAUUGGCCAGAGGAUGCCCAGAUAUUGCCUUUUUGGAAAUACAGUCAACCUCACAAGUCGCACAGAAACUACUGGCGAGAAGGGGAAAAUAAAUGUCUCAGAAUAUACCUACCGGUGUUUGCAGUCGGCUGAGAAUGCCGACCCCCAGUUCCAUUUGGAGUAUCGAGGACCGGUAACCAUGAAAGGAAAGAAGGAACCAAUGAAGGUGUGGUUUCUGUCGAGGAAACCCACAGACACAGAGCUAAACACAGCGAAGGCCUCCCAAUAAGCUGAAUGGUCUGCGAGGUAAUACUAGAAGAUAUACCAGCAACAUCAACAGACGUUAUUAAUGGGAGCUUCAGCGUGCUACUGCCUUCAGCAGAUACCUGUGUACAUGGUCAUGCAGUGACGAGAUGGAUCAGGCCAAAUGAGACAAACAGUGUUUAUCUAUUCACGGGCACAUAGAUAUUUUUAAUAUGAAGAAACAAAGUUAAUUACAAGUGAAUUUAAACUGUAGUAUCCCAGCGCUUUUCUUUCCUAUUUUUCCUGACUGUGUUCAUGUCAAGUCCACACACACCAUUUUUUAAUGUACACAAUAAUUUUAUUCGAAAGUAUAUCAGUGAAUAAUAGUUUCACAACUGAUGUUAAUAAAGACAUUUUUUUCCAGGUGUCCUGACAGGUCAUCGAUGAGGCACAUUCCUGUUUUGUUUUAACCAUUUCUAUUGUUCAACAUAAAAACAGGCCGAAUGAAUAAAUCUGUAAAACAAAAUAAAGAUCUGUAGCAUAGAGCAUAAUAUCAAUAUCAAUAGCUUGAUAUUUUGUUCAUGUCUGAUAUUUUGUACCAGGCAGAUAUUUUGAAGGACCUGUUUUCAUUUAGAGGAUGUGAGUUAUAAUUAUCUGACUGAAUAUGCUACAGCGGCAUUCAGAGCUUGAAAAGUCUGAUUCAGCUGCAGCAGAGCAAGAGCCCUUCUGCUGUGUUUGUGUCGUUUCUCAAGAGCGGGCUCCCAAAACUCAGAGUAAGAAUUUUGAGGCUAUGUAUACAGAAAAUUAACAGUGAAACACCCCUGUUAAGCAGUUAUUUAGCACAGAAACCUCUGUGCCAGUUAUACAUGGUUGUACUACAAGUGAAAGAGGGUUUUCAUGGUUGGUUAGUGUGGAAGUCAUAAGGGUGUGCCCGAUAUAGAAAAAGCACAAAUAUGUAUAAUGCUACACUGUGUCAGUAUAUUUUAAUAUUACUGUCAUCCUGUGAUUGAAAUAAUCUCUUAAUUUGGGUUACACACCACAGAAUAUAUCGCAGCUCUCUGAUUAUUGGCAUUCAUCUUAAAGUUAAUUUUAGGUAUUUUCACUACUAUAGAUCAUUGCUGAGAUACUGUUAAAAAAAAAAUCUACAUAUUUAUUUGUUGACAUUAUUUGGUAUUUAUUGUUUUGUGGUAAGAGAUACAUUGGUCGAAGUGAUAUAGGUAGAAAUGAAAACAGAACCUACAUUUAUAGGUUUACAAAAACAAAAUAAUGACUGUAUAUAAUAAAAUAAUAAUAAUAAAAAAAUGAAUAUAACUACAUGCUUCCAUAAUAAUUUUCUCACACUCUAAAAUGUUUUGUGCUGUGUCUUGGAUUAAUUUCACAAAUGUUUAUGUAUCUUUUUUUCCCCACCCCACACCAUGUAUUCUUUAAAAAUUAUUCUUACACUCUGCAUAAUGUUCUUGCAUUGAAUCUGCGGUGGUGCUGAGAGUCCACAACCUCUGAGACAUUAUUAUUAUAUGUGAACACUGGUUUUGUUGGGGGAGGUUAAUAAAUAAAGACAGCCACAA